AUGGGCAACACCAACACCGUGAAAGAAGAGAAGGUUAAUCUCUCUGAGAUAGAAGGGUCAGAACACAACGCCGAUAUUCCAGACGAACAAUCCGAUACAGAAUGGGCUUCCUUUGAUAAGAAGCUCGACUUCAAACUCGACUGUCUCGUCGUUCCCCUCGUCACAAUGGUUUACUUGUUAGCGUUCCUUGACAGGGCUAAUAUUGGGAAUGCUCGUGUGGCUGGACUGCAAACAGAUUUGCGAUUGACCGACCACCAAUACCAGAUUGCUAUCACGGUCACAUAUAUUCCCUAUGUGCUGGCAGAAAUCCCUUCCAACCUGGUCAUCAAGAAAAUCGGUCCACGUUUUUACAUCCCAGCUCUGUGCUUCGUCUGGGGCGUUGUCUCUACUCUCCAAUGUUUGAUACAGGGGUACCCAGGGCUCCUAGCUUGCCGGUUCUUUCUUGGUCUCGCCGAAGGCGGUCUCUUUCCAGGAAUUAUACUCUAUCUCAGUAACUUCUACCGCCGAAAGCAAUUGUCCCUUCGCAUUGCCAUGUUCUGGUCUGCUGCUUCCUUGAGCGGGGCAUUUUCCGGCCUCUUGGCGGCUGCGAUUGGGAACAUGGACGGCGUUGGCGGCCUUCGAGGCUGGCGAUGGAUCUUCUGCCUUGAAGGAAUCUUCACCGUCCUUUUCGCAGUCUUGGUCUUCAUUCUUCUUCCCAACGAUCCAUCACACGUUAGGUUCUUGACGCCAGCUCAAGCAACCCGCUGUGUUGAGAGACUGAAGCUUGAUUCGAGCAUCAUGGACCACGACAAGAUCACUGUCCGACAGGUCCUGUCCGUAUUUGUGGAUCCUCGAAUUGUCCUUGUCUGGACCGCAUCUUUAGCCUCGGGGGUUAUCAUCUUUGGCCUCGCCUAUUUCACGCCUUCCAUCGUCCGGGGCAUGGGGUACAGCCCGAUCCGCACACAACUCAUGAGUGUGCCUCCGUUCGCGGUGGCUGUAGUCACAACAUUGUGCACAGCCUAUCUCUCGGAUAAAUACAACGCCAGAGGGUUUGCCAUGAUCGUGACCUAUUUCCUCUCCCUUGUUGGAAGCAUUAUAUUCUAUGUCGGCCGAUCUGUUCCUGUCCGCUAUACUGGACUGUUUAUUCUACUUGGAGGCGUCUAUGCUAAUGUUCCUUGCCUAGUCGCAUGGAUACCAAACAAUACAGCAGGGCACUCACGUCGAGCAACUGCCAUUGCUAUGACAUGCAUUGUCAAUAAUGUUGGUGGUAUCAUCAGUACCUGGAUCUACCCGACCAAAGAUGCCCCGUACUACCUGCCGGCGGCAAGAGCAAUGCUGAGUUUAACCGUGGUGGGAAUUGUGUCGACAAGCCUUGCGAUGUGGUUGUAUGCUCGCGGCAAUAAACAGAAGGCCGACCCAACGAUCAGAGAGAAGAGAUUGAGAGGGCUCGAAGGCCUUAGCUUUGACCAGCAACUGAGCAAACUUGGUGAUUCACAUCCUGAUUACAAAUACAUGCUGUGA